AUGUCUUCGUCCAACUCUGCCAGCACUGCAGAGUUCAUUUCUGUAUAUCAGAGCGUUGUGGUAAUUGCGACCUUCCUCGUGUAUGAUGCCCUUCUGUGUGUAGACAUGGAAGUCCGAUAUGUCUGGUGGGCACCGAAGGUUUCACGCAAGCUCUCGAAGCUCCUGUACAUUUACACCCGCUACAUGUCCAUCCUAUGGAACUUGCUCGACCUUGGAUUUAUCGGCACAGUUUCUAACACUAUUUUGCGACGGUCCUCUCUGGAACACGUCCUAUGGGAGAACGGAAACAUCUACUUCUGCACACUGGUUGCAUUGAACAUAGUGAUUGUAGUUCUGAGAGUUGUAGAAGCAUCGGUUGCAACAGAUCUCAACCAAGCAGGCUAUGUGGUCAUUCUGGUUGAUCCCAUCAGCUCGAUCUUGAACUCUCGAUUCCUGCUGGCCCUCUAUGAGACUAACGCCCGCCUUGAGCGGGGCGGAUCCUCCGCCUCGUCGUUCUCGACACUCGAUUUUGGCGAAGCCGAUCCCAGAGCAGCAGGGUCUCCGGAGCUCCCGGAAAUCCUCCAGUCUCUCGGUGGCCCCAUACAUUCCUUCCACGACCACGACCCGGAGCUAUUCGACCCGGAGCCAGCAACGGUGCAGCAAGAGCGCGAGAGGGAGGUGAAUGCAGAGUCCGGGUCCGAGGUAGGGGCGCAGGCAGAGUUGAUUGAAGUGGUUGAGGGCUCCGAGCGGGUGUGA